AAGAGAACUUGUUACCUCUCUUGCUCUCAAUUUUCCAGCUAUGAGUUCUAAUAAGCUCAUGAGUUUUACUUUUCAGAAACUCAUCAAAAGAAAAUUUCAUGGCACUGCUGUGAAAAGUUCAAAAUUUUGGAGAGGUCUUGUGGAGAAAGAGUUACAAAGUAUAAAGCCUGAAGAAAAAAAUGAGAGUGUGUGCAUAUAUAGAGUCCCACCAAAUAUGUUAAAUGUUGAACCAAAAGCCUACAUACCUAGCAACAUCUCAAUAGGUCCUUACCAUUAUGGAUCACAACACUUGCAAGAAAUGGAAGUUCUGAAAAACAAGUUUUUUCACCGUCUCUUCGAUCCAAACGGUGCAAAUGGAUCCAAAUUAGAAGAGGCUUGCAAGUUUCUUGAGAAAGAAGAAAUCAAUGCGCGAAACUGUUACAUGGGUGAAAUCAAAUUAAGCAGUGAUGAGUUUCUAAAGAUGAUGUUGGUUGAUGGUUCUUUCAUCAUUCAACUCUUGAGGGAUUUAUCGGAUAACGAAUUCAAACAUGUUCCUUCUCUUAGUAGAUGGAUGUUACCAACCAUUCGUCGCGAGAUGAUAAUGCUUGAAAACCAACUUCCAAUGUUUGUUUUAACAAAACUUUUCGAGCUAACCGAUAAAAACAAUAGUCUUCAUCCACAAAUGAGUUUCUACAAUCUUUCUUUCAAAUUCUUCUACCGAUUGCUUCAAUCCGAAUCACGAAAAACCCCUGAAUGUCAAACAUCUUACAAGUUCAAAAUUGAACAUGUUCUUGAUCUUCUUAGAUACAACAUAAGACCGAAACUCAUUGGCGAAGAGCCAAGAGGAUGUCAGAGCCAGAUGAUUCAUUCAAUAACAGAACUAAAAGAAGGGGGUGUGAAAAUUAAAGCCUGCGAGAGUAGAGAGUUGAUGGAUAUAAGCUUUGGAAAAAAAUGGGGAAUUAUGGUAAAGGAACUAACUAUUCCACCUUUGUACAUUGGUGAUCACAGAGGUACUGUUUUUCGCAACAUAGUUGCAUUUGAAAAAUGUCACAAGAGAUGCAAUCCAGACAUGACAACUUACAUGUUUUUCUUAAACAGACUCAUAAAUUCAGCUAAUGAUGUUUCUGCUCUUCAUUAUAAAGGGGUUAUUCAUCAUUCUUUAGGAAGUGAUGAACAUGUCGCGGAAUUGAUCAACAACAUAGCUAAAGAAAUAGUUCCUGAUAUGAAUGAGUCAUAUUUGUACAACGUGGUGAAUGAGGCGAAUGAGUAUUUGGGUUGUUGGCGUGCGAGAUUCAGAGCUUCGCUUGUUCAUAACUAUUUAACAAGUUGGGCUGUGGGACUUUCUACAUUAGGUGCUCUUUUGGCACUUUAUUUUACAUUCAUACAAGCAAUUUGUGGUUUCGCAGAUGCGGCCACAAAACUGGAGAAAGCAAAGUUCAGUUCAGUGAUAAGAAGUUUGAUUAUAAUUCCAUUUCGUGACCCUCCUCACUAUACAGUAUUCGACGAUGUCAGUAAAAAAAUCGACCAUGGUACUAAUAAUUGAAUAUCUACAUAUCAGGGAUUGAUGCUUGUCAUACAUGUGAUCGAUGUCUCUACUUAUUUUCUCUUUCUAUGUAUUUUCUUUCAUUGUGAUAUUGUUUGUGAGCUAGUUUUCCCUUGCAAUCUCUUCUUGUAUUUAUUUAAAGUUGGAGCAUAUAUUUAUAGUUUUUUUUCAUAGAGAAGGAAAAUCAAGUGUUUUAUGAA